AUGAUACUCAACCGAGAACAUUUUCACGCCAUAAUUUAUUACAACUAUCAGAGAAAAUUAUCGCAACAAGAAUGCCUUGCUGAGUUACUAAUUCAAACAUGGACAUAUCGCGAGAUUGAGGCGUCCUUGAAGAUCUCAAAGACCUCAAUUCAAAAAAAUUUACAUGAAGAAUUAGGAGUAAGAAAAUUAGUUUCUCGUUCGAUACCCCACUUGUUGACUGAAGAGCAGAAAGCAGCCAGGGUUAAUUGGUCAUUGUUAGUGCCAACAAAAGUCAUCCGUUCUCGAAAUGUUUCGAAAAAGAUGGUCGCGACAUUUGUGUCAAAAGCAGGUCAUAUUGCAACAAUUCCUAUUAAUGAGCAAAGAACUGUUACUGCGGAUUGGUAUACCACCAUUUGUUUGCCAAAAGUCAUCACCGAGCUUGGAAAAAUCAACCCUGAAAGAAGAAUCAUCCUCCACCAAGACAAUGCAAGCUUGCACACAGCUCAAAAAACAAGGCAGUAUUUAACGGAAGAAAAUGUUGAAUUAUUGGACCAUCCUCCAUAUAGUCCCGAUCUAAGUACUAACGAUUUCUUUACUUUCCUGAAAAUUAAAAACAGACUGCGUGGUCAAAGGUUCCAGUCACCAGAAGAAGCUGUUGACGCAUUCAAAAAUGCCGUUUUGGAUCUGCCAGCAAACGAGUGGAAUAAGUGCUUUGAAAAUAUGUGCGAGCGCAUGCAGAUAACUGCAGAAAUAUUUAAUGAGCGACAUGAGAACAGUAACGUGCAUCAAAAAUAUGUUCUAGAACUUGCAGCUAAAUUUCGUAAAACUGGUAACCGCAAUUGGAGACUGUGUGUGUGUACUGUCCAACGGACUCUAAAGGCCCAUAGCUUUCAUCCGUAUAAAAUUCACCUGGUACAAGAACUUAAUGAAGACGAUUUUGAUCAGCGAUUACAAUUUUGUGAAGAUAUGAACGCCAUAGAUCCUGCAUUAACAGCCAUAAUUGAAAAUCAGAAUGAUCGGCGGUACAUUGCGAAUAGGUUGAUGUUCCAACAGGAUGGUGCCCCACCACAUUACGCAUUACGUGUUCGGCAAUAUUUAGAUCAGACGUUUCCAGAUCGAUGGAUUAAAGACCUGCGACAAAGAAUUGUGAAAAUGUGA